CUCACUCACUCUCCUCACAACUCAUCCACAGUCACACCCAGGCCCGGCUGCCCCUCAACGGUUGAUGCGUUGCUGGUGCUCCUGCUUUGCCUGCCUGCCAAGUUGCCUUGUUCCGCGCGCACACGCGCAUCCCACAGGAAGGAAGCAUACGGCUUUGCUCCCCUCACUAAAGAGGAAACGCACACAGCUCUCGCCGUCGUCUAUCUCGGAGAAAGAGGCGGAUGGCAUGAAGCAAUCUGCCAACAAUGAGAGGUUGGGCUACCCCUGGUACAAGUAGAACAACCCUACCCACCGCACCGCAAGGAGGAGGAAGACGAGGAGUGGGAGAUGGGCAACUGCGGGACGCGAGAGGAGAAUGCUGUCGUCGCUGCGCACGCGCAAGAAUUUGAUCUUCGCUGGGAUCCUGUUCGAAAUCGGCAUUAUAAAAAGAUGGUUUGGAUUAAAAUCUCUUGCCAAAUUUGUUCCCGGAAUGUCUGAAUUUUUUACUUCAGCAGGGGGUUUUGAUUCAUUGUUUUAUAAUCUUCCGUUGUUGAAGUUUCAUCUUUUCUUUUGUGGCAGUAUCAUUUCUCUGCCAAAUUUGUUCCCGAAAUCGGUAUUAUUAAUCUUUGAUCUCUUCUCUGCUGCAUUUUCUGGUCAAGUUGCCGUUUUCCUGUGCUUUCUCAUCUCGUUGAUUCUUGUUUCACAAAUUCUACUUGAUUCUGUCCAUCGGGAAAAUAAAAGGCACUUUCCCCAAGGAGGCUUCAAUUUCUGUUCUCUUCUCUCUUAUAUUGACUUUCAAUUUUCGCAAGAAUAAAAUAUCAUGAUCCUCCAAGUUGUAUAAGCAUAAUCUCUUCUAGUUGUUAGUUGCAAUUUUAUAAGCAAUCUUGAGGUUUUUAAUUACAUGAUACUGUGCAGUAGAUCUGGUCACUUGUACUGUACCAUUGCUGCAGUCAAUUUGUUUAUGUAUAUCUCUUCUUCUUUUUUCUUUGCUUCCCAUCGAGAAAUAAGUACAGUAGAACCUAUUAUUUUAGGGGAAAAAAGGUCAUUUAAUGGAUGCUAGUAGUUGCCAACUCAUUCAUUUCCACUUGUUCUCAUGUUAUUUAGUUUUAAUAUAUCAGUGUUCCUUCACAUGGGAAAUUGGUAUUUCAUCAUUGGAGUAGCUAUCUUUCUACUAUGUUUGUAAAUGCUGAUAAUGCAAUGUGAAUCCUAGAAUAACAGUAUUUUUUUUUAAUAUAUUUGCGCCCUAUACUAGCGAUAUAAAGCUGUAUAUGUCAAUUUUCUCUAGUGGGUAGCUUUUGUUAUUUUUAUCUUAUAUAUGCGAGAAUUUCCUGUAACUUCAACUCUGUUGAUACCUGAUGGACAAUAGUUUAAACUUUGUCUCUCCUUUUGUUUUUCGAAUAUCAUGUUCUCAGUUCAGCAGCUACACUUGUUACAACAUCCUGCCAAGAACGUUAUUGCAGAUAGGAAGCACACCCGCACCUUAUCAGAUGCAAGUGAUCCUUCAACACCUAGGAAAAUUGAAGAUGCCAAGAACAUUUCCAUAUACAACAAUGUGAUUUCCUUCACAUUGUUUGAGCUCGAGACAAUCACAAAGAGCUUCCGCGCUGAUUAUGUUCUUGGUGAAGGAGGAUUUGGGACUGUUUACAAGGGUUACAUAGAUGAGAAUGUCAGGGUUGGUCUGAAGUCAUUGCCUGUUGCAGUCAAGGUGCUCAACAAAGAUGGACAUCAAGGGCACAGAGAAUGGCUUACUGAGGUCAAUUUCCUGGGGCAGUUAAGGCAUCCAAAUCUGGUAAAGUUGAUUGGAUAUUGCUGUGAAGAUGACCACCGGCUUCUUGUCUAUGAGUUCAUGUUUCGAGGAAGUCUAGAAAAUCACUUAUUCCAAAAGACAGCUACGUCGUUACCCUGGGCUACUAGGAUGUCGAUUGCACUGGGAGCUGCCAAAGGGCUUGCUUGCCUUCACAAUGCUCAAAGGCCUGUCAUCUACAGAGAUUUCAAGACCUCAAAUAUUCUGCUGGACUCAGAUUAUACUGCUAAACUGUCUGACUUUGGCCUGGCAAAAGCUGGCCCAGAAGGUGAUGAGACCCAUGUAUCAACUCGGGUGAUGGGAACCUAUGGUUAUGCUGCCCCUGAAUAUGUGAUGACUGGUCACUUGACAGCUAGAAGUGAUGUCUACAGCUUCGGUGUCGUCCUUCUCGAGCUCCUGACAGGGCGCAAGUCAAUUGACAAGUCACGGCCCAGCAGGGAGCAGAGCCUGGUUGACUGGGCCCUCCCCAAGCUCAAUGACAAGAGGAGGCUUCUCAAAAUCAUCGACCCGAAACUGGAGGGGCAGUAUUCAAGCAGAGCUGCUCACAAGGCCUGCAGCCUUGCAUACUACUGCUUGAGCCAGAACCCCAAGGCAAGGCCUCUUAUGAGUGACGUCGUCGAGACCCUGGAGCCAUUGCAUGGUGGUGGUGGAAGUGAUGGAGCUGGUCAAUCUUCUGGCCUUCCUGACUAUAGAGUUUGCCGCAGGCUAACCGGGAACAACGUCCACUAUAGGACCAUCCCAAACCCCAAAUGUUCCCCUGCUGUCCCGGCAUGCAGAGUUAGGUGAUAGUGGUGUUUCAGUUGCUGCUGGCAUAGGUUCAGUUGUAUAUUGCGAAGUCUAAACCAUGGGUGGUGUGGGUGCAUGUGUGCGUUUGGGUUUCUCUUUUCGCUUUUCAGCCAGCAUUUUGAUGUGUAAAUUUGAUCUGCAUGCUGCUGCUUGUAAGGCCCUCUAAUUUUCACUGUGGUCUUAUGUAUCCUUGACUGAGAUGAGCCCUGCCAAAAGUGGCGGGUUUAACCGUAGGAAUGAAAGGCUGAACUAAGAGUGGUUGGAUGGUUGAUACGGCAUAUGGUGGUGGUGUUCAAA